AACGUCGCGGUGGGAAGCCGACUCUGUUUCGCCUUCCCGGGAGAAGGAGGAGGUGCCGGGCCUUGGCUGGCUGCUGUUCGGGUCCUCCGGAGCGUGCGGAGGCCUGGGCGCGAGGGCCUGUUUUUCUCUUCUGCCCUGGUUGGUCCCCAAGCCCCAGGGGGACUGAAGGCCUGCGGUCAGAACCCGGUGACCGUGUGCUGGUGUGAGCUGGUUAUGGUCAUUGUCCUCCUGAACAGGGAUGGAGGAGAUAUCGGCCCAGGAAACAGCAGGAUCACCGAGGGUCCACUUUCAGUCUGUGGAGACCUUGUCUGAAUGUCUUUCCCCAGAGCCUCAGUUCGUGCAGGACAUCAACAUGGAACAGGGACUCACUGAGGCUCCACCUGUUCCCCAGGUGCCUGCUCUUCCCCACGAGGGAAGCCCAGGAGACCAGGCAGCUGCGCUCCUGACAGCCAGGUACCAGGAGUUUGUGACAUUCGAGGAUGUGGCUGUGCACCUUACUCGAGAGGAAUGGGGAUGCCUGGACCCUGUUCAGAGGGACCUCUACAGAGAAGUGAUGUUAGAGAAUUAUGGGAACGUGGUCUCACUCGGGUUUCCAGUCCCCAAGCGUGAUGGGCUCUCCCAGCUGGAACAAGAUCUGCAGGCCUUUGAUCUGGAAACCAAGAAUAGACAAGUCUUAAACAAUGACUGCCCAGAUGGAGAGACCAGAGAAGAAAACAAGCUGUUGGUUCCUAAACAGAAAAUUUCCGAAGAAGUCCAUUCAUACAAAAUGAGAGUAGGAAGACUCAAACAGGACAUUUCCCAAGUUCCUGAGACUAGAGAAGUAUGUAAGUCUGAGGACAGAUUAGAAAGGCUUCAGGAGAUCCUAAGGAAAUUCCUCUUCCUGGAGAGAGAGUUUAGGCAAAUAGCCAUCAGCAAAAAAACCUUUUCCAGUGAGAAGAACAGUGAGUGUAACGAACCUGAGAAAAGCUUCUGUCUGGACUCCACCCUAGAUUCAGAUCAGAGAGUUCUCAGGAUACAGACUGUUGAUGAUGGUAAGUACAACAUGAACUUCAGCCAAAACUUAGCUGCUGGUAAACACGAACACCUAAAUCUAACACAGAAUUUCGAGAAUGCUGAAUAUAAAGAAAGCCUAAUGGACCUCUCCCAUCUCAAUAACUGGGAGAGCAUUCCUCCUACUGAGAAGUCCUAUAAAUGUGAUGCCUGUGGGAAAAUCUUUCAUCAGAGCUCAGCCCUUACUAGACAUCAGAGAAUCCAUACUAGAGAGAAACCCUACAAAUGUAAAGAAUGUGAAAAAUCCUUCAGUCAGAGCUCAAGUCUUAGUCGACAUAAAAGAAUACACACUAGAGAAAAACCCUAUAAGUGUGAAGCGCCUGAUAAAUCCUGUGACACAUCUGAUAGGUCCUGUAGUCAGAGCUCAGACGUGAUUCAGCCUAAGAAGAUUCGCACCAAAGCCAAACCCUACAAAUGUAGCAGUUGUGAGAGAGUCUUCAGCCGUAGUGUCCACCUCACUCAGCACCAGAGAGUUCACAAAGAGAUGUCCUGUACAUGUGCCAUAUGUGGCAGCGAUUUCUGUCACACUUCAUACUUGGUGGAACAUCAGCGGGUCCACCAUCAGGAGAAAGCCUAUGAGUAUGGUGAAUGUGGGCUGGCCUAUGUUAAACAUCAAGGAGUUCCUCUCAGAGAAAAGCCCUAUACAUGUAAAGAAUGUGGAAAAGACUUCAGGUUGAAUUCACAUCUCACUCAGCAUCAAAGAAUUCACACAAGAGAGAAACCCCAUGAAUGUAAGGAGUGUGGACAAGCUUUCAGUCAGACCUCAUGCCUUAUUCAGCAUCACAGAAUGCACAGGAAAGAGAAAUACGAGUGGAAUGAUUAUGAGGGAAGCUUCAGUCACAGCUCCAAUCUCGUCCCGCAACAAGAUGUUCUCAGCAGAGAAAAAGUCUUUGACUGUGAUGCAUGGGAGGAGAACUUCAGUCAGAGACCACAUCUCAUUCAGCAUCAAAGAGCCCAUACCAAAGAGAGACCUUACGAAUGCAGUGAACGUGGGGAGACAUUUAGUCCAGUUCAGGCCUCGUUUGACAUCUGAGUUCACACUGAGAGCUGCUGUGUCCAUACCGAAUGUGGUAAAGCCCUCAGUCAUAGCUCAGCCCUUGUACGGCACCAGAGAUUUCACACCGAGAAACCCUCUGAAUGUGACAAAUGUCAAGAAGCUUUUAGUGUUGAACUCCUAGUUGGCUUCUGCACAUCCAUACUAGUGAGAAAAACCUGAAUGUUUUGAAUGUGGUCAAUUCUUCACAAUUGUGGAAUUUGUGUGGAGUAAUAUUCCCUUACUGAAACGAACAUGAGAAAGCCAUCAGUCAAAUUGACACCAUAUAGAAAGCCUGUGAAAUGUGUGUGAGGAAUUGAGUCAUGACCCAGUGCUCAUUUGACAUUACAUUGUCCCCAGAGAAGUCAUUUGAGUACAACACAUGUGCCAAGUCUUUCAAUGAGAGUUCAUCAAGUCUCUGUCAUUAUCAGAAUAUCUGUACCAAAGGGAGACACUGGCCACUGAAUUUCAGGCUCUACCCAAUAUCGAAGUAUUGAAGAGAAAGUCGUUAUUCAUAUGUGAAAUUGCUGAUAUUUAGUCCCAGUCUUUCUCAUUGUAGAAGAAUCUAGUCUGAAAGGUGACUUGGUGAAUACAGUCCUGUUUUCUCAUGACAUUCUUUUACUUAAUAUAAGUAUUCUAAGUAGGUACGAGAUUUUAUUUAUAGGACUCAUGUAAGCUAUUUUUUAAUAUGGCCUAUCCACAUUUUUAUUUUUUCUGAAAUUGGUUCUUACUGUCCACAGCUUUCCUAACAUACUGUUACUGCACCAUUGUUGAGACAUAUCAGCUUCUGGAAAAGUGGCUCAUUUAGCUUAUUGCACUGUCCCCAAUGCAGACUCCCAAGGCCCCUACAUCCUGUUCCUUUACAGCCACAACCCCUGGAUUCCUGUUGAUUGCUGCAUUCUCUUAAGCACCUUCAAAUGAUGGUUUCCUAGUUUUAAGCUUCUCGCCAGCAGAUCUGCAGUCCUGACUUAACGGUGCUGGUCUGGUAUUCUCUCUCCUAAAGUGAAGCAUGUUUAAAAGAAUUGGAAUUCCACAUUAGCCAUCCGUAAGUAUGGAGCAGGAUUCAGUUUGCCUGUGUUGUGGCAGGCAGCUAAAUAUUUUCAAGUGAAUCCAACUUUUUAGCUGCCCUUUCUGCAUCCACAGCCCUCUGACAGAUGGUAUAAGGACAUCAGGGAGCCAUCAAGACUCCUGGUGGCUUGAGCUAUAUUCAUUCAGUGCCUAUUCUGCAUGUCUAAGCUUAGACUUUUUUAUAAGCCUCUAUUGAAGGCCAGGAAAUUGCUCAGGUCUGCUUUUGAUAGGGCAAAGGUAAAGAACACCCAGAAAAGCAGAGAACAUCUUUAAGGAAACAAGGCCUUCCAACAAAUGUUGCUGUUCUUACAUAAUAUUUAUAGAGACAAUAUUUCAAGACUGUGGCAGGUCUGUUCUUGGUAAAAAUGUAACUGUUAGGAUUUCUUCUUUGUCUGUUUAGCUGUCCCCCAAAUCAAGCCAGCACAGUAUUUUUGAAGUGUGGGGACUUUGUGUAUAGUUGUUUUGUUUUAAGACAAGGAGGGGGUCUCUUACUUUGUUACCCAGGCCGGCCAGAAUUCCUGGGCUCAAGCAGUCCUGCCUCUGCCUCCCAAGUAGCGGGGAGUACAGGUACAUGCACCAUGCCUGGAUUACAUUUAUGUAUUUUAUAGUAUACAAAAAGAACUGGCUUUUUUGAUAAAAAUGAUCAGAGAUGUUGGCACCAGAGUUCAUGACUCUUUAGAUGUUGUCAAAGCAUUCCCCCUCUUGAGCUUCAUAACAUUUUGUGAAUAAAACAAGUGUUAUUUGCAAUUCUAGUUGUCAGUUGAGCAAUUGAGGCUUUCAUAGCUCAGAUAUUACAAUAUUCACUAGGGAUCCUCAACAAAUAUAUAAAAAUAGUUCACUCUAUAAGCCUUCUGUGGCUAACCACUAGGAUAGUUCUGCCAGUGUGUUUUACUUCUUUGCUGUCAGCAAACAUAGGAUAUCAUCAGAGCAAAGUAAGGCUCUAAAUGAAAUUGAUAUAUAUUCAACUGAUCUAAAUGUAAAAGCAAAUGAAAAAUGCAUGUUUUUUUUUCUAUCAAACAUGUAUACUCUAUAGAAACUAAUAGUCCCCCCGGUGGCUAUGAAACAGGACUAAGUAAUCCCUAAAUAGAAAAAUACGUUAAAAAAAAAAAUCACAUGUAUGCAUUUGGUUUAGGACUGUGCUUUUGUACUUCAACUUGAAUAAAGGUGUGCUUGAUAUUCUGAGAAUCUGUUUCAAACCAAGUCUGCAGGCCUCAGCCGGAAGACCUGGGAAUCAUGGACUUACCAUCCUGACUCUGACUGUUCCUCCCUGAAACUUGCUUCACCACUGGAGUGGAUCACUGUUUUUGAAUUGAAAAAAAACUUGCUUUUACACAGACCUCUGGAACUCAGUCUACUGCUUAGAACUUAAAGGGUAUUCAGUUGGGAUAUUGUCACUACUUGAAAUAAAAGUAAAUACUUUGAGGUUUCUAUAGAACUAGGAAGAAUGUGUUUUCUUGGUAAGUAAAACACAUUUUAAAAAGUGAGCCAAAAUAAUAUUUGAGGGUAGAUACUUAAUUGGUCCAAUAUGAUAUGAGUGACUAUUCUUAGCCUUCGGUCUUGAAGGCGGCAGGGAGAAGAAAUCUAAGGGGGGACACCUAAUUUAUUUUACCUAUUUUUUUGUCCACCUGCUGCAUGUACACGUGUGUGUACAUAUUCAGAUGUAAUUCUCACCACAGUUGUGCACAGUUCUGAACAGAUGAAGUCACUUUGUGGAGGAGUUAAAGAACGUGGUAGGAUCUCACAAGUUAAUGGCUCAAAGUCAGGUCUAUUUGACUCCAAAACAUUCCAUCGUCAUGGUUGCUGUUAAGACACAUUUUCAGAACCUGGUGAACCUUUCUCUGAUGACUUCAUUUCCUGUACAUUCCCAUUGGUGCAGUACAUCAGUUUGCACUUUGAUCCGAAGAGUUCUCUGGAAUGCUAGAAGGGAGUAUCAAUUUUUCAUUUAUUUUUUAUGAGCUAGUGAAACCUCCUUGAAACAGACUGACAGAUUGUGACAAGGCAGACUAACAGACAUGAGUCAAAGCUCCCAAAUUCAUAUCUCCUGCUCCCACUACCGGUUUCACAUUUCCAUUUCCCAGUGUCCUAAAUUUGUCCUUAGCCUUUUCUUCCAGCCAGAACUUGCUCAUGGGCGUGAAGCAAAGUUUGGUUUGGAGCAUGUGGAAAGGUGGGAGCAUGGAAAGUUGGCAGGGAGAUUAUUUUAAGCAGAAGUGGGUAGCAGAUCAGAAGCUUGCAGACAAGCUUCUUGUCUUGGAUGGCACUUCCAAGGUGGAAAAGCCUUACCUUAGAGCAUAUGUGGGCAACUGAGCAAAC